GAUAUGUGACGUCAUCACAGUGCGCCGUUCAGUAGGUCAUAGGGUUUUACGGCUCCCCAGCCGGAUUGUCCGAUGAAAUACUCUCAGUUGUUGAGUAUUUUAUCUCAGGCUGACCACAUUUUACCUGUGUGGAGGAUAUUCGACGGACACAAACGGCGACAGUCAUGUCGUAUUGCAAGCAAGAAGGGAAAGAUCGCAUCAUUUUUGUGACCAAGGAGGACCACGAGGCCCCAAGCAAUGCUGAGCUGGUUGCAGAUGAUCCCAAUGAUCCAUAUGAAGAGCAAGGCCUCAUCCUGCCCAAUGGGGACAUCAACUGGAACUGUCCAUGCCUUGGCGGAAUGGCCAGCGGGCCUUGUGGCUCUCAGUUCAAGGAGGCCUUCUCAUGCUUCCACUACAGUACGGAAGAAGUGAAGGGCUCGGAGUGCAUCGACCACUUCCGGAACAUGCAGGAAUGCAUGCAAAAGUUCCCCGAGCUCUAUCCUCAGGAGGAGGAAGAGAAACAAAGCUCCAAUCAACCAGACGCCGACUCUGGUUCUGACUCUGCCGCCGCCCCGACUGAGGGCUCUGCCUUAUCACAAGAAACAGACUCUGCUCCAACAAGCUCAGCUACAGACAAUCAGGAUGCCAGCUAAGAUUAGCCUGUCGUCAUCCACGGGCUCAUUAAAUCUCACUUUGUAAGCACUGCACAGCAUUCCAGCUCUGGGUUGCCCUUCUUGUGCAGUGGGUGGCAUGUAUGGGUGGUAUUUGCAUGGCACCAGAAUGCUGAGAAACAGGAAAUAAUGUAAGAUAUCGGAUGGUUAUGGUUUUUGACUGCAGCACUUGUGGUUAUUAAGGUUCACUGUGUGUUCAGAUCUGCAUUUCUUAUGCUUAUUGAUGGACUAUUUUGUCCGGGUACAUGGAGCAAAAAGAAAACGGGAGGAUUCUCACGUUUUCUUCAACAAAUCUAAUCGCUCAUCCUUACAGUUUCUAGAACGUAUUGUCCUUCAAAACAUUUCCAUAUGAGCGUACUUGUGUGACCUAUUCAUGUUCUUCCUCUGCUGCCAGCGUUAGAGUUUCAACUAGCAGUCCAUUACCAAAAUAAUGAAUUUAUGGAAAGUACAAAUACUUUAUGAGUGUAUUAGUCAUACAUAAAGGCUGGUUCAGUUUUAAUUUAUACAGCAUUGGCCAUCCGGUGUCAACAUACUAAAACGAGUGAACCAUUUAUAGCCUUACAAUUCAAAGUAUCCCUGUUAUGGUUCCUGGAAGUAUAUUAUAUUUAAUGAAAAUGAAUAAUGUGUAUUAUCAUAGCUGAUCUGCGUGCUUGUGCAAGUACUACCUACCUACCUACAUUAAAGCCGGAUGAUUGACUUAAAUGAACACACAAAUCAGGACUUUUCAAAGGUUUUGCUCUCUCCGUGAUACAAAGGGAGACCUGGCCAUUGGGAAAUAUUCAGGACCAUCGUCUUUGUCUGCUGCUCAUUGAACAACCAUGUUGGCCGGGCAGUCAUUUAUGAAGAAUUAAACUAAGUUGCUGAAACAACUCCUGCUUGUCCCCCUUCCGUCGCUUUGCUUUCUCUCGCAGCCUCCCAGUGGGUCACUGUAAAAGUAUUGCCAGACUUAUGCAGCCACGCAAAUAUUACAUUUAUUUCAUUCUUUCAUGUCCGCAUUGCUGUUUUCCAGUUUAGUGACCUAGAGUGCUG